UAGGGUUUCAAAUCCAAAAAUCCCGCCAAAAAAAAUUCCCGAAUCCGAAUCAGAAAGAGAGAGAGAGAGAGAGAGUCAAUUUCUUUUCGUUUCCGGCCCAAGAUCCAAAUCUCAAAACCCUAGAAAAAAAGCCACUGAGAUCCUGCUGCAGAUCGAUAACAGAAGAUUUCAGGAAAAUCGAGAGAGGAUGAGUUCGUCGCAGGAGGAGAAGAAGCCUCAUUUCUUCAAGUUCUUUCUCCCUGGACUCACCGAUCAAUUUCUACGUAUCCCACAGGCAUUUUUAAAAAAUAUUGAUGAUGGAUCCCAUGGAACAGUUUCUUUAACAGGUCCGAGUGGGAAUGUUUGGCAUGUAAAUUUGGUUGCGAAUAUGAAUGGCUUGUUCUUUCAAGAUGGUUGGAAGGAAUUUGUGAGGGACCACUUUCUAGAAGUUGGUUACUUCUUGGUUUUCAGAUAUGAUGGUAAUCUGCGUUUUACAGUGCAAAUUUUUGAUACCAGUGGAUGUGAGAAAGGCAAUUCCUUUUAUGCCAACUGUUGUCAAGAAAGUAGCAGUUUUGAAGAAGACAAGGGGAACGAUAAAGUGAAAGAGGGGGUUGCUGAGGCCUUGAUUGUUUCUCCAUAUAAAGAUUAUGAAGAUGUUUCGAGUGGGAGGAGUGGCGAGCACAACCAAAUUACAAUAGAGGACUUAGAAGACGAGAAACCAAUAGAGUCGAGUAAACGAAUCUCGGUGAGAAUAUCUUGUAAAUCUGGGUCAAACUGCAACCAAGUUACAAUAGAGGACUCUGAAGGUGAGAAACCAAUAGAGUCAGGUAAAAGAAGCACGGUGAGAAUAUCUUGUAAAUCCAGAUCAAACUGCAACCAAAUUACAACAGAGGACUCCGAAGAUGACAAACCAAUAGAAUCGAGUAAAAGAAGCCCGAUGAGAAUAUCUUGUAAAUCUGGGUCAAACUAUUUGACCGUGGAUGACAAACAAUCAGCACAAGGCUCUGUGCGUGAGAAACCCAUCAGUUCAAAAAGGUACAUGACAAGGUUAUCAUACACAGUUGAGCGCAACCAACUUGCCAUACAAGACUGUUGCCAAGUUAUUUUGAGUUGUUCAAGUAGGAAUAAUCAACUAGCAGUGCAGCGACCCUUGUUUAAGAAACCUGCCAGUUCUACUAAAACCAGCAUGAAAUGCUUGUCUCGUGAAGUUUGCUCAAAUAGUUUGACCAUAUGUGACAAACAAACAGCUCAGCGAUCUUUGCGCAAGGGACCUGUCAAUUCUCCUAAAAGAAACGUGAUACGACCAUCUCGCUUGGUUCGUUCAAGUUGUUCGAUCAGGAAUAAUCAACUAGCAGCUUGGCAACCCUUGUUGAAGAAAUCUUCUGGUUCUACUAAAAGAAGCCCAAAGAAACCAUCUCAUCAACUUCUCUCAAAAACUCUAGCCCGAUAUAAGAAACAACCAUCUCGCCAAGUUUUCUCAAAAACUUUAGCCCGAUAUAAGAAUCAAGUAGUAAACCGAUCCUUGCUUGCUACUAAAAGAAAAAUGGGAUCGUCUCCACUAGAAGCAUGGCAAUCCUUGUGUAAGAAACGUCUCAUUUCUACUGAAAGAAGCACGAAGAGGCCAUCUCGUCAAGGUCAAUCAAAUUCAUUUACAGGGAGUGAAGCGAAGCUGAAGUGUCAGACUAAAACAGAUGUUUGUGCUGUUACAGAUUUUCAGUUACGGGUUGGAGCUUUAAUAUCACAACGACGAAGAGUCACAGAAGAAGAAAAAGCAAGGGUACUUGAUGACGCAAAGUCGUUUAAGUCAAAAAAUCCUUCUGUUGCUGUGGUUAUGCGAGCUGGUUAUGUGUAUGUUGGGUUUUUCAUGGUUCUUCCGAGGAAAUUCGUGACAUCUUAUCUUCCUAAAGAAGAUAGAGUGAUGACUGUUUUGGAUCCAAGUGGGAGGUGUUGGACCAUGAAAUACCUUGCUCGCAAAACUCUUGGUGCUCUCAGCGGCGGUUGGGCCUCCUUUUCCCUUGCUAAUAAUCUUGAGGAAAGCGAUGUCUGUGUCUUUGAGCGUAUCAAAAAGGACAAGCUGCAGGUGCAUAUUUUCAGGGUAGUGGAAGAAAUCACACCGUUGAUCAAGGUCGUCUCAAGUAGAAAGAAAAAGAAUUGAUAACCAUUGUGCUGAUAACUGUAGUAUGUUGUUUGCGGCAAUACAUGGUUGCAGUGAUUCUAUUUAUGUUUUUAGACUCUGGUUGGGACAUGCUUGCAUUGGCAGAUUAGACAAACCCAGGAAUAUGUGGUACUGGUGUCAGCACAAGUGGGCUGUAUUGUUUGUGUGAGCUCCAACCAUGUGUCUCAAAUCUGUUAACCUGUAUCAUGUGCUGGAUGCAAUUUAUUGGUGCUACCGGCUGCAACGGAUUAAAUACUGGCAUGGUAUCUUUUCUAGGAAAGAUUGGGUGUUUCAGAUAAGUACAAGGUUUAUUGUGCACCAUGAUCCCUGCCUACCCAUUCAUGUGUGUGGCCACUGCUGAUGUGGUGCCGUAUAAGAUAGUGACCCCCACCAAACUGGUCCUGUAAGUAGGAUUUGUCGAGAAUCUUGCCCCGAACUUUAAGGUUCUCCGAUUGAGGCCUUGCACAGUUCUGACAAGUGGGGUGUAUGUUGGUCAUCUGCACAUUGCUGUCGAUGGACUAUGCCCUGAAUAUCAUCUUGAUGAGCAAUCCUAAACCAUUGAAUCUGUGGCCGAAUAAUAGAUGGUCGAAAGAGAAAUACAGCAAGCGUUAGCAUUUGAGUGGAAAAUGGCCUGAGAGUGGUUGCAAGGAUCUUACCAUCCCCAGAUUUUCAGGGCAUGGUCCAUCCAGUGUAGGGCACAAUGCACGGUUGGUUUGGGUUACUGAACUGUGGGUCCUACCUCUUGGCAGAGAUUCUUGCUGACCUUGAAUGGACGGGGGGAGCCACUGGUACAUAUGUUCAAAGGUGAAAGUCAGAUGUAUUCUUACAAACCUAUUUUGGCAGUACACGAACACAGAUGUAUUGUUAUAUUACCAAAAGCUGAAAGAAAGGGGGGGAAUCUACAUAUCAGCAUGGGUGGAAAUAUAAAAAAGCAGUAAUAUAUAGGCAUGCACUCCAUUUUUUCCAGCCCUUGCUUUCCCAAUUUUUCUGGAAAUAUAGUAGGCUUCCUUUCUACUAUUACUCUUCUUUUUUUUUUUUUUUGCUCACUUCCGGACCGUUUACACAAUGGGGGCAUCAUUGUUUUGCCAGAUUUUUCACAAUUGGAUGUUCUAGACACGUGACGAGUUUGCAGGCAAAAAAAUGGAUGUAUCUUAACUUAUCAUACAAAUGAGCUCGGCCAGCACUGGGUGAGGUUGGCCUUGGCCUUGCCAUGGUCCCCUAUGCUGUGGCCCUAGCCACGGCCCUAAUCAGGCUAAAAAGGCCUUGACCUAGGCCAGCCUGUGCUUAGGGCCCUUCUUUGACGUAAAAGAGUGGCAUGAUCAAAUGUUUGAAAUAGUUUAAAUCUAAGCAUUUUUUGCAGUAUCCUUUCCAUGUUUGAUGAACACCAUCUUAUAAAGGAUUGUUUGGGAGGAUGGAUUUGAAACCCUGGGUUUCAAUCCUGGAUUUUAAAUCCUAAAUUUUUAGUUGUGUUGGGGAGAUUGGUUUUGACUCCUGGUAUUGGGAGUAAGUUUCUGUAUAUUCUUAUGAUAAUGAAUCUGAUGAGAUAAAUUGUCUAAAAAAUAUUAAGAUGGCAUGUGCAAUAUGUAAGAGAUAAAUAGUCUAAAAAAUAUUAAGAUGUCAUGUGCAAUAUGUAAGACAUCCACUUUUUUGUUUUGAAGAUGUAUAGAAGAGAAUCACUAUAUUGAGUUUAAUGGAAGAUAGCUUUGGUGCAUUAAGAAGAUAAUUGAAGGCUUUGGUGUAACUAAUUUCAUAGUUGAAACAAAAUUUC